AUGGAUCCAAAUUCAAUAUAUAAAAAUAAUUUCUAAAAUCCAUAAUAAUAAUAAACUCCAAAGGAUUAAUAGUUUUAAUAUUUUCCAAAUAUUGUAAGCUUAAAAAAUUAAGGAUCUAAAAAAUUCAGCGAAGAAGAUUAUGAUGGGGCAUCUAAAUAUUAUUUAUAGGCCAUACUAGAAAUCGAAGAAAGCAAAUUAAAUAAUUAAUAAGGUUUAAAAUAAUAAGAACUUUAAUAAUUGGAAAUUAUGUGUAGAAAUAAUUAUUGCACUGUAAAGGCUAAAUAAUAAGAUUUCCAUUCGGUUAUUAUUCAUGCUAGUUCGAUUCUUGGAAUUGAACCUGAAAAUUUAAAAGCCAAUUUCAGAUUAGGUCAAGCUCAUUUUAAUUUGGGAAAAUUCGAAAAAGCUCUUCCCUUUUUAACGAAAGCUAAAAAUGCUAGUCCGGAGGAUAAAUCAAAAUAAUUAUUUUUUUUAUAUAUAGUAAAAGAUACAUGGAGUGCAUGUUAUGAAAAAUGUUAAAAGAAAGAAAAUAAUUAAUAAUAAGAAAAAAAAGAAGAAAAAAAUUUUUAAGAAAAUACAAAAAAAAAGAAAACAUUUAAUAAAAAGAAGAAUAAAAACAAGAUUUUUAAAUAAAAGAAGAAUAUAUAUAAGAAAAAAAUAGAAAAAAUUCAAAUAAUGAAACAGAAGAAGAAAUAGAAUUAAGAAAUAUUUAAGAAAAAAUAAAAGAAUUAUAAUAAAAAGAAUAAAUGA